AUGGAGAUUCCAUUGUCCUGCUCGUGUAAAUGCAAGAAGACCUGCAUAGCCGACGAGACAAAUAACCCAGAACACCCAGAAAACUAUGGAAUCGGACCCACUGACGACCGAGCACCGUCACCGGAAAGGUGUGGAGCCGAAUCCGUUCAGCCGAAUCCAUCACCAGUACGAGAAAGUUGCGAAACGCCACAGAAUAAUCGCGAAACGAUACCGGAAUGUCAGGAAAUAUACUUGAAAUCCACGCAACCCAGUGGAAUCGACAACGAACUUGGUUUGAACAAGGAGCAAACGGUGGCUAUUAGCCAACGUCAGCAAUGUUCCGAAAAUUCAGCGAUUCUUCCCUUUCGUCAUCGGUUCGACGAAAUAACAUCAGUGGCUUUUGAAGAAAAUGAAUUGACGGAUGAAGAAAACUAUGGAAUCGGACCCACUGACAACCAAGCACCGUCACCGGAAAUGUGUGGAGCUAAAUUCAUUCAGCCAAAUCCAUCACCAAUACGAGAAAGUUGCGAAACCAUACCAGAAUGUCAGGAAAUAUACCUGAAAACCACGCAAUUUAGUCGAAUCGACAACGAACUUGGUUUGAACAAGGAGCAAACGGUGGCUAGCCAACGUUGUUGGCAAAAUUCAGCGAUUAUUCCCUUUCGUCAUCGGUUCGACGAACUUACAUCAAUGGCUUUUGAAGAAAAUGAAUUGAUGGAUGAUGACUCAAAGGAAGAAGAAAGCAUCCAAGAGAAGUUUAGAGACAGAAUUUUAAAAGCAUUAGGACCAAAUAGCUGUUUCACAUACUUUGGUACGUCCGUCCAAGAAUGGAUUCCUAAUCUCAAAAUCUAUUCAUCCUAUUGUUAUCAGCUGAUUGAAGUUAAAAAGCUGCUAGACGAAAAAAAGAACUCUGAUCCUCUAUUUGAGGAUUUCCUCAGACGUUGUCUGGAGUCCAGCUUUUCACGGCGUUUGGAUCUGUGGAGCUACCUGGACGCUCCCAGAUCCCGUUUAAUGAAAUAUCCCCUCCUAUUGACCCAGACACAAAAGUUUGGAAAAAACAACCACAAUGAAUUCAAGGCACUUGAACAAGCUCUUCAAAUGCUUCGCGAUGUUCUAGACCAAGUAGACAGAUCAACGGGACUUGCAAUAUGCAAACAGGUAAUCGAUAAAAUUGAUUUGCCUGAGGAAAUGACUACAGUUUUUGAAGAUGCCAACACUGUUAUGUGUAGAGGAGAACUCGAGACCUGUCAAGGGAUCAAGCUUCAAUGCUUUCUGUUCAACAGUGGGCUGGUCCUCACCAGAGCUGAUUCCAGGGGGCGCCUAAAUCUCUACGGGAAUCCCUUUGAAGCAGGACACUUCAAAAUAGUUGAUUUAGGGAGCGAGGUCCAACAAAAAACUAACAGAAGCAAACUUCAAACGAGGUAUUUACUUCGAGUCGAUACACCGUCGGAAAAUAAAAUUUGGUUGAGUUUUGUCGAACUCAAGAAGCGUAAACGAACGUCAGCAGCUUCAAAACGGGCUUCGACAACUCCAAAAAGGUCUUCGCCCGCAAAAAAAAAGCAAUCACGGACACCAAUUGUCAACACGACUCCAACUCCGCAGAGAAAAAGAUCUUCUACAGCAGAUGAACGUCCUUCGCGAAUAGGUACACGCAUCUCCCCACGUACCUUGCAACGACAAACUGGCCUUACCCAUUAUAAAGACACAUCCAGCGAAUCGGAGGACGACGAGGAUAGCGUUGAAGUUAGCGAAAUUUCAGAAGACCCGAACGGUGACAAAGAAGACGAAGAGCCUAACGAACAGACUGUCGCUGUGGCGAAAACUGCUCAGCGAAAAAAACGUGGUCGGAGAACAAGAAGCCGAAAGAGGCCGGUUAAAAAGAAAUUGCAAAAGAUCGUUGAAGAGGCAGAAGAAACUGCGGAGAAAGAAACGGCAAUUGAAGAAGCAGAAAAAGUGGAAAUGAAAGUAGAAAAAGAAGAUGCGGAAGAAAAAGUUCAGAAUGAAGAUAAGAUUGUAAAAGAAGAAGAGACGUCUAACAUCGGUAAAGAUGACAAUGUCUUCGAUGAAGCUGAUGAGACGCUCGACAAGCAAGAAAAAGGCUCCAAAGAAGGAGAUGAAGUAAUAAAGCCGCCAAUUCCCUUACAGGGCGAAACCAUUAAGACCGAUAUAAAGAAGGAAGAGAGCGAACAACCUGUAAUUAACGAAGAACAAAACGAACCGAAGAAAGAAGCUACUACUUAGCGCUUUACGGUGUCUCAAUUGUUGCAAAAACUCGCUCCAUCAAAAGAGCCAGCAACACCAGCAGCUCCUGAAACUACCACUUCUUCGGAAGCAGAACCGAUAUCCGAGACGGUUUCCGAUCCUGAUCGUGCAUCGUAUGACCCCUACUUCUUCGAACUCAUCAUUUCCAAUGUAGAAGAAUUACAAGACUGGAUCAAUCGCUUUAGCGAUGUAAAUGAAGAAGGAAAACCUCGUCCUCGCUGUGAGGUAAAACUCCGCGAGCAUCUUCAGUCGCUGCUGGAGGAGGCCCAGCCACUGGCGUCUGACCAGCAACAAGCCAAUCAAAAAAUUUGCCAACAACUGUGGAAAGAAUGGGAACGCUACCGAUGCUCUUCAUCGAGCAAUCGCCAAACCUCUGGUGCAGCCGAUGAAAGCGAUCGAAUUCGUGAUUCAGGCAUGUCAGAAUCGGAGGGUUCUCAACCAGAAGAUAACACGAGCUCUAUCGGAUCGGAAGAUGGCGUGCGACAUUCACGCCGACUUCGAGUUAAGCGUAUUCUACACACAGCUAAUGGUUCUCAUCAGAGUACGAGAAGUUCCAGUCCGAUGGAAGAAGAGCCUCCUAGCAAACACAAUCGCAAAGGGUCCUAUAACUUUGAUCCGGCUUGGGACUCGGACGCCCAUUCAACACCUGAAACACCUGUGGGUCGUAAACGUUCUAACUACAUCCCUGAAAUGAAAAAUCCUGGCUUUUGGAUUGGGCGACGCGUUACCAGGGCAACAGCUGAAUUUGUUGGUGUUCCAGAAGAAAGCACAAGUCCACCUCAAGAACCACAAAAUAGCCAACCUGUGAUUAAGUCUGUAGACAAAUCUCCUCCAGCAGGCGUCCAAACAGACCAGCUCGUUGAUCAGCUUCGUCAACUCCGUCGACAACAGGUUUUACUCAGCAGUAACGAUCCACGUCCAAGUGCAUCAGCUGUCAGCUCACCUAACGGUUCACCGUCAGUUUAUUUUCCCUCUAAAGACGGACAACUAGUAAGAAUCACGAACCCGAAAACAGCUGGAUUUCUCACACAGCUCAAAACGAACCGGUCAUUACAGUCAAACACGUCUAGCCCAAUUGCUGCUCAACCGAGAAAAAUUUUCAUUCAUCAAAGGCCGCCCCUCCAUCUUCAGAAAGCGGGUGGCAGCCCACCAGCACCAGUAUCCAUCGACAUCACCCAGUUAGUUAGCCAGGCAGCCCUAAAUGGGUUGAUUGUGGCUCACGAGCCGCGCAGUCUAUCGUUGGAUAUGGGACAACAUGGGCGUUUUAUGGUCACGGCCCAAAUGACACCAGCUGGCCCUAAAGUCAUCAGCGCAUCUCCGUUGCCACGAAAGUUGAAAAUCAUUACUAAUGCGGCUUCUACGGACGCCGCUUCCGUUGUUCAAGCUGUUCCUGAAUUGGCAGUUGCAGCUACCGAAUCAACUCUUGUCGAUUCUUCUUCUCCUAAAGUCGUUCUUGCAGUUCCCACUUCAAUUGAAUUAAAUUCUGCAAUUCCUGUUGCUGAGGAAUCGACUGCUAAAACCUCUAUUGCCGCUAAUUUGGCUCACGCAGAUCAGCCUGCCGCAAAAGAUGUCACCACCGUAACCAAAUCAAUUCCUCCUAACGUGACGCCAUCCCUUGUCAACCCGGCCAUUACCCCUAAGACCAAUGGAUCGCCUGCCGUUUCCAAACAAAUCCUUAUUAGCGAUCCGAGACAGAACAAUAUUAUCAGUGCUGAUAUUCUUCGUUCAGUUGCUGGGCCAGAAGCUGUUGGAGCAAGAUUGACUAUUGUCAAAGAAGGCAACUCGAAGAUGCUUACCUUGAUUCUCUCCAAUGGCGAGAUUCGCCGACUUACCAAUUCACAGGUCCAGCAGAUCCAGGCCGCUGUACGCAACAAAACGAAACCUACAAGCGAUGAAGCUGCAGCUUCCUGAGUCGUCCCUUCGUUUACAUUUCUCCUGAAAUUUUUGCUAUUUAUUCAUUUCGUCUUCACUUGCGAUCAAAUAAAAUUUUCUUAUUAUGACUGAUGACCCCAUAGCAUGUCAAAACUUAUAACUUGGUCGCAAGGCGAAUAAAAUUCUUUUUUCUUA